UCUGUCAUCUCCCUCCCCACUUUCCCUACAGAAGAUUCGUUUCCCCUUUUGAGCCAGAGACACGGAUCCUUGAAGAUCCUCCACUGGCUCCACGUCGCCUUUAAGCACCAUUCAAACGGGCUCGCCUUCAAGGUUCCUCCCGCGAGCUGCGGCGGCGUUUUCCCCUCUGCGGUAACAGUGAUCAAAGAAAGCAAGCCCCGCGCCUGUAUGUACCUAUGACCUUAGAACAGAAAGCUGCCGCGCCCGGGGGCCGCGUUGCAGAGCCGCGCACUCCCCCCGCGCGUGCUCCCGCCUCGCCCUUCCACCAGGUCACUAGCGUGCAGAAGGCGAGCGCCGACUACACCCUCUGCCUCCGGACUCUCCCUCUGCCUCCCGACUUCCUCCCGGGCGCCUAAUAAGCGGGGGAAGGCGAUCAUUCCGCAGCAGCCUCGCCGCGCACUGGGCAUGCUCAGUGGCGAGGGGUAGCCUUGGGCGCCGGGUUCGGGUCGGCGGCCGGAUCGGCUUCCCGGAGCGCGGGCUGGGCAGGGCGCAGCGUCCCCGGAGCCGGGAGCCAGACCCGCCCCGCGGUCCCCACUCGGGCGCCCGGCCCACGACAGCUGCGUCGUUCGGGACCCGGGAGUCCCAACUUCGCGCCAAGUUCGGAGCCGCCUUCGGGGGCGCAAUGAUGACCAGGGACGUUCUGUUAGACCUGGAGCUGGAUGAGGACGACGACGAGGAUGGAGAUAUCGGUGAUGUUCCCGCCUCCAAGAGGCCUUUUCUGAGAACUCAGACUCACCCGUCCGGUCUGGCGUUGGAAAACUUCGAUCAGAUGGUUGGCUCCAGUUUUGGAACUCGGGAAAAUCAGCCUGAUUUCCGAUCCCCGGAGUUUGAAGAAUUUAAUGGGAAACCCAACUCACUCUAUUUUAAUGACGGCCAGCGAAGAAUCGACUUUGUUCUAGUGUAUGAAGAUGAAAGUAGAAAAGAGAACAAUAAAAAGGGUGCAAAUGAAAAACAAAGGAGAAAAAGACGAGCAUAUGAAUCUAACCUCAUUCAUGAUGGCCUGCAGCUAGAAGCAACCAGAUCGGUUUUGGACGACAAGCUGGUAUUUGUAAAGAUCCAUGCCCCGUGGGAGGUGUUAUGUACAUAUGCGGAGCUAAUGCACAUCAAAUUGCCUCUGAAGCCCAACGAUCUGAAAACCCGCUCUUCAGCCUUCGACAAUUUCAAUUGGCUUGGCAAAGUCCUCCAAGUGGAUGAAAGUAUCAUCAAGCCAGAGCAAGAAUUUUUCACUGCCCCCUUUGAGAGGAGCCGGAUGAAUGAUUUUUAUAUUCGUGACAAAGAUACCUUCUUUAACCCAGCCACCAGAAGCCGCAUUGUUUACUUCAUCCUCUCUCGAAUCAAGUAUCAAGUAAGCGACAACGUUAAAAAGUUUGGAAUUAACAAACUUGUGAGCUCUGGGAUCUACAAGGCAGCUUUCCCUCUCCAUGAUUGCAACUUCAGCUAUCCGUCCGAGGACUUCACCUGCCCCAAUGAACGAUACCUUCUGUACAGGGAAUGGGCUCAUCCUCGAAGCAUAUACAAAAAACAGCCCUUGGAUCUCAUCAGGAAAUAUUAUGGAGAGAAGAUCGGAAUCUAUUUUGCUUGGCUGGGCUAUUACACGCAGAUGCUCCUCCUGGCAGCAGUAGUGGGUGUGGCUUGCUUUCUCUACGGAUAUCUGAAUCGAAAUAACUGCACUUGGAGCAAAGAAGUUUGUGACCCUAAUAUUGGCGGCACCAUCAUAAUGUGUCCUCAGUGUGAUAGGCUUUGUCCAUUCUGGAAGCUCAAUAUUACUUGCGAGUCCUCACAGAAAUUGUGCAUCUUUGACAGUUUUGGAACCCUAGUCUUUGCAGUAUUUAUGGGGGUCUGGGUUACCUUGUUUCUGGAGUUCUGGAAGAGGCGCCAGGCAGAGCUUGAGUACGAAUGGGACACGGUUGAGUUACAGCAGGAAGAACAGCCCCGGCCAGAGUAUGAGGCCCGGUGUACUCACGUGGUGAUAAAUGAGAUCACUCAGGAAGAAGAGCGGGUUCCCUUCACUACCUGGGGGAAGUGCAUUCGUGGCGUCCUCUGCGCCAGUGCUGUCUUGUUCUGGAUCCUGCUGAUCAUCGCUUCAGUCAUUGGGAUCAUUGUCUACAGACUCUCAGUGUUCAUUGUAUUUUCUGCAAAACUUCCCAAGAACCUGAAUGGAACAGACCCAAUCCAGAAGUAUCUGACCCCACAGACAGCCACAUCCAUCACCGCUUCCGUCAUCAGCUUUGUCAUCAUCAUGAUUCUGAACACCAUCUAUGAAAAAGUGGCAAUCAUGAUUACUAAUUUUGAACUCCCAAGGACCCAGACUGAUUAUGAGAACAGCCUAACCAUGAAGAUGUUCUUAUUCCAGUUUGUCAACUACUACUCCUCGUGUUUCUACAUCGCCUUCUUCAAGGGCAAAUUUGUAGGUUAUCCUGGAGAUCCAGUGUAUUGGCUGGGAAAAUACAGGAAUGAAGAGUGUGACCCAGGUGGCUGUCUCCUUGAGCUGACAACGCAGCUGCUGAUAAUCAUGGGAGGAAAAGCAAUCUGGAAUAACAUACAAGAGGUGUUACUUCCCUGGAUCAAGAAUCUAAUUGGACGCUACCGCACAGUUUCAGGUUCAGAAAUGGUAACCCCGCGAUGGGAGCAGGACUACCACCUGCAGCUCAUGGGAAGACUGGGAUUAUUUUACGAGUAUCUUGAAAUGAUUAUUCAGUUUGGCUUUGUCACCUUAUUUGUGGCCUCUUUUCCACUGGCCCCUCUGUUGGCUCUGGUGAACAAUAUAUUGGAAAUACGAGUGGACGCGUGGAAAAUGACUACCCAGUACCGUCGCAUGGUGCCAGAAAAAGCCCAGGACAUCGGAGCAUGGCAGCCCAUCAUGCAAGGAAUCGCAAUUCUGGCUGUGGUAACCAACGCCAUGAUUAUUGCUUUCACAUCAGACAUGAUCCCCCGCCUGGUGUAUUACUGGUCCUUUUCUGUCCCUCCCUAUGGGGACCACCCCCACUACACCAUGGAUGGAUACAUCAACAAUACUCUCUCCAUCUUCAACAUCGCGGACUUCAAAAACAGAAGCAAGGGAAAUCCAUACACUGGACUUGGCAACUACACCACAUGCAGGUAUCGUGAUUUCCGGUACCCUCCUGGACACCCUCAAGAGUAUAAACACAACAUCUACUACUGGCACGUGAUCGCGGCCAAGCUGGCUUUUAUCAUUGUCAUGGAGCAUGUCAUCUACUCUGUGAAAUUCUUCCUGUCAUAUGCAAUUCCGGACGUAUCGAAAAGGACGAGGAGCAAGAUCAAGAGAGAAAAGUACCUAACCCAGAAGCUUCUUCAUGAGAAUCACCUCAAAGACAUGACCAAAAAUAUGGGGGUCAUCGCUGAGACCAUAAUGGGAGCAGCAGAUAACCAUUUACGACCCAAAUUAGAAUAAGAGCUUUAGGUUCUGAGAAGCACUUUAAAGAAUUUUACUCUUGUCAAAAAAUACUAUGAACCUCUGAUGAAAAUGCUUCAAAAGCACCCCUUCUGCAGCAGGACGGACUUGUGUUUUCCUGUUUGUUUUUAGGGAGUGUUUUGCCGCUUCACUUUGCCAGACCUGCGCCAGUGACCUUCCCCUCACAGUGCCAUCCUUAGAGACGAGACACGCCUGCUUCUGCGUGACUGAAAAUCGCUGGCUCAGAGUCCCGCCUGAACGCUGUAUGAAGUGGCAAAUAGACUCAAGGAUUCCUGACAUUUGGGCGAAUUAUCACUGCCCUACAGACAAGGAAACCUCAGUGAACAGGAAACAGUUUCAGUCUUCAUGGUGGCUACCUGUCCAUCUCACAGAACGCUCUUCAUGCACGGGGAUGAGGACAGCGAGGUCCUGCAGCGUGCUUGUGCUAACCCACAGCGAUGCCUCUUACUCCCAGGAGCCGUCCCAGAAUGUUCUGUGCCUAAUCAGUGUUGACUGCUUUGCAGCUCAAAGGGAAUAAGAUGACAAAAGCAGGGAAAGUUACAGAUUCAAACAGAAUUUAAUUCCUAUUGAUCAGGAUAAUUAAUUUACCUCUCCUACUAAAGAUGUAUAGUUUCUUGGGGGGGGGGGGAAAUCAAGGAAUUAAAAUUAUCUCUUCUAAAGAUGUGUAGUUUCUUGGGAAAACAAAGAAAUCAAGGAAUUAAAAUUACAUUUCUAUCAACGUAAUAGUCUGGGAAAGAUACGCCCAUCAAUUUCCCACAGUUGCCCUUUAUCCACUAGCUGCAGGGCGCACAGUAUUCCAGAUCACGAGCGCCAUCGCGAAUGGCGCCCUACACAGCCACUGUGACAUGAUGAUGCCGAGUGCGCUUACCAGAACACAAGUGCCCUGAUGGUGAGCCACACUGUGUCUCUGUGUGGGGAGCACCUUUUGGCAAGGAUUCCGCAUGUCCAUGGGAUCAACAUACCAAAGCCUCUGCCCCAAGUAGCUCCCUGCACCCUCCAUUCUCCUAUUCCCAACCCAGGAACUUGUUUGUAAUUGCAUGUUUGCACCAGAGGGGCAUUUGUGGGGAGGGAGGAAGACGGGAGUAAACCCAGAUUAUUCCCAACCCAGAAAAGACUCUGGGUUUGAUUUGUACUUCCAGCAUCCUUAAAGCCAAUCGGGCAUUUAGGCUCUGACAAGAAAAUGGUUUGGUCACAAACCCUGCCCUCAGCCGGAGGUCACUUCCUGCUGAAUGCCUACACCGUGCCUGUCUUGCCCGAGAUGUGUUCAGCUGAGCAGUCUUUACAGCGCCUUACUGCCUUUCAGGUGCUAGGCCCUCUGGGGAACUCGAGAAGAUACGGAGCCCGCACUCCUCACUACUGACUGGUCACGGGAGUGAUGGGUGCGGGAGAAGGUGUCUAGCACCGGGUCCUUGCUAGAUGGGCUGCCACCCACUGGGGUGCUGCUAAACACCCAGGUGCCAUGGGAGCCAAGCUGCUCAGAAUUCCAGCAGCAAAGGAAAAGGAAACAUGUUUUCGUGUUUAGAGGCUUGUUACCAUAGGGUAGUCGAACUCCAGAUCACAAUUCUAAAUACCUGCCAUAAAUGUUUUUUUUAAAAAAAAGCAGUAUUUACGUAGGAUUCCUCAAAGCAGUCUCUGGACUUUUGAAUUGUCCCUAUGGACCAGGGACAGCAUUUCACUAACUGUCUGGAUAAGGCUGCCGAGGUGAUCAGAACGUGGCCAUGAGGGGCCGACUGCACCGGGAGUGAGAAACGAAUUUCUUUCCCGGGCCAGCUUUCUCAUCCCACACAGCCUAGUGCCACUGCUCCUGCCCCACUCCCUGUGAUGCUCUCCCGGAAGCGGUGCGCUUCCUCCGAUUACCUCCUCUCCUCUCUGAACUGUAUCCCCGUGUUGGAUUUGGCAGUUCCUCAUUGUGGAUGGAAGCAUGGAAAAGAAAUGCUCUUGCCUUAUCUCCUCGUAUAUACAACGCUAAAAGAAUUAUGCAUUUUCUUUCAUACGUUGUCUUCACGGUCUAAAACGUGCUUCCUUGGACAGGAGGGCAUAAAACCUCUACACUUUUUAAGGCAGCAGAUGUGACAUACGACACUGCCAACAUUUCCCAAACGGCUCCGUUGUAGUGGGCGCCCAGGGUCACCCAGGACACCAACACUGGUGAUGUAAGUCUAGCGCGGGCUUGUCAGUGGUGAAGAAAAGUGUGGGGCUCUGCCUGCAGCCAUCAUGGCUGGGUCUAAGCGUGUGCAGAGGCAGCGCCCCGGGGAAGAUGAAUGGGUGUGGCCGUGGGCCUGUGAAGGGAAAUCCAGCCCUAGAGCUGCCCAGCGUUAACCACUAGAGAAGUGUUCAUGUCCUGUCCUUUUGUAAUGCCUGUGAAUUGUAAUAGAGCAGAGCAUUAGACCAAAAUACUCAGGGGAGUUUCCUUUAUCCCUCCAGUGUCCUAGUUAUGUCAGUAGAUAGAAGGGGAAAGCUACCAUUUGUGUUGGAAGACUAAACAAGGCCAUCUUAUAAACUGUCACCAAAGUCUUCCCUUUGAAUUGCGCACACAUCUUGAAUUUCAGAAAACACGAAUUCAUAAUAGGGGGGCAGAAUGUGCUCUGUUGUUGAAACACUUCUUGUAACAUUUGUCAUGUUUGUAUUUUAAGAUGUUUGAAAAAUUAAACUGUAUGAGUAGCCUAACUAAAUUAGAACUGAAAUAUUCAUAUAAUGCUCUUCAUACACCAUGGCAUAAGAUGGAAAGUUUGUAAUGUUUUGUGAUUUCUGUGCAUUUUAAUAUCCUUUUAUAAUUUUGAGCAUUUUAAUAAAAUCACUGUAAAAACAG